GAAAACAUUGGCCAACAGGAAAAAAAAUUGUAGUGCUUCGUGACGAAAAGGGAUAUGGAAGAAAUCGUACUCCUGUGAAUAUCUGCGUUUUAUCUUCCCCAAUGGAGCUAAUACAGGACUACGAACAACAGUAUGCCGUACAGACGGCCGAAAUUACUGCUCAGAUUGGUCGAAUUGCAGUCGCAAGCGGAGCGGAACGUAACAAACUGAUAUCCGACAUCGACCGUCAGCUGGAGGAAUCGCAAGAACUGCUCGAACAGAUCGGUCUGGAAAUACGGGACAUUCCGCAAAAUUCGCGUGCCGCGUACACCUCCCGGCUGAACUGUUAUCAGGCAGAAUGGAAAAGGUUGCAGCAAGAGUUCAACAACGCAAAGGUGGCACGAUCGAAGGCAGGGUACGAUUCGUCGGUGGAUGAUUUCGAUGAGAUCGGCAUACAGGAGGACCAGAAGCGCCGGUUGCUGGAUAAUACGGAACGGUUGGAACGUACCAGCAACUAUCUGAACGAUGCGUACCGUAUUUCGGUCGAAACGGAGCAGAUCGGUACGCAGGUGUUGGCCGACCUUAGCCAGCAGCGGGAAACGAUUCAACGAUCGAGGGGACGACUACGCGAAACGGAUGCCGAUUUGAGCCGAUCGUCAAGGAUUCUUAACUCGAUGAUAAUGCGUGCAAUGCGCGAGAAAUUCAUUCUGGUCAUUGUGGUAGCGGCUAUAUUUCUGGUCCUUAUCUUAAGUAUUUAUUUCUCGAUAUCGUAAUCAUAGGCGCGCGAGCGCGCGAUGAUUCACUGGCAGGCGAACAACGAUGGUGCGAGAUUAUUUAGGUUUG